AUGAGAAAGUUAGCCUCUAUCAAAAGAUUGGCCAAGAAUUUACUAGUCUGUGGAGAAGGCAAACUGUGGAUUGAUCCAAAUGAGAAUGAGAAGGUGAUGGCUGCUAGUACAUAUCACCAAGUUAGAGAAUUGAUCCAAGAGGGUAUUAUAGUGAAGAGAGAAGAUAAAAUAAAUAGCUUAGCAAAAGCUAGGGCCAGAGCGUUAGCUAAAUCAAAAGGAAGGCAUAUGGGCUAUGGUUCCAGAAAGGGAACAAAGAAUGCUCGAUUAUCAUCGAAGGUUAUUUGGAUGAAGACAAUUAGGUCUAUGAGGGAGGAACUGAAGGAGAUGAAACUGAAAGGUGAGUUGACAUCCGAUGAGUAUCGUCAAUACAAACAACAGGCUAAAGGAAAUAUGUUUAAGCUGAACAAAAAUAAUAUGAUUGAGCAUAUUUAUAAGAAAAAGGCAGAGGCAGAGAGAAUGGCAGAAUUACAAAGACAGGCAUCUGCUCUUAAUAUGAGUAGGGAACAAACUAAAUAA